UUGUUAUGAGUCACGAAGUAAACAUGCGAAAACAUUUUACCAGGUGCCUUAUUUUUAGUGAGCAAUCUCUAGUGUCACAAUCAUAAGUUUGUUCACAUUGCGACACCUAUUUAUCAGCCUACAAUAGCGCAACACUUUCAGUUCGUUGCCACUCCUUAUCAAAGAUUGGUGAAGUAAAGACCGUGAUAACUUGUUAUAAGUUUAGCGAAACGCAGAACGACAAAUAUCAGUUCCACUUUGGCAUUCCCUGGCAUAACUAUUCGGCGAUCCCUGCAACCUUGUCGUAACUUCCAAAGUCAAGCAUUUCCUACAGUUCACAUAUACAUCCGGAACCGAGAUCAGAGUGAUUAAAGGAAAUUUCAUCAAGAGUAUCCAAUUAAAAAGAAAAUGCAUGUUUGCGGACUUCUCAUUGAAUGCCCCGGUCGUGAGCCCACACCAGUUCCAUUGACAGGAGUUUCUGUCCAAGCGCGUAUCAUUGAUUUGGUGGCCGAAGUGACAAUUGAGCAACGUUACGUCAACAGGGAAACUCAACCUAUCGAAGCCGUCUAUCUCUUUCCGCUUGAUGAAGGAGCCGGAGUGUGUAAAUUCACGGCAGAAGUAGACGGACGGAGCAUCGAAGGUGUCGUCAAGAAAACGGAAGAAGCACAAACCGAUUAUGAGCAAGCGAUUCAAAGUGGCCAUUCCGCAUUUUUGGUUGAAGAGAAAUUACCAGACGUAUUCAAGGCUAAAGUUGGUAAUCUGGCCGCUGGAUCGGGAGCGAAAAUCCGCUUGACUUACGUCACAGAGUUAAAAGUAGAAGGAGGUGAAAUUCGAUUUUAUUUGCCGACUACCAUCGCCCCUAGAUACGUUCCUCCCACCGAUCAUUCCAGCGUUGCUAAAGACUUGGCUUCCAUCAACUAUACACAGGAAUCUCAUUACCGAGUUGAUUUUAAUGCUACAGUUCGAAUGGGAUCUGCCAUCAAAGAAAUACGAUCCCCAACGCACAAAAUCGCCGUUAGUCACGAUUCUGUCAACAAGCCGAUGGAUGGAACCCUCAAACUGGACGACGUAGUGACAUCUAUGGAUCGAGAUCUUGUCGUUUACAUUAAAGUAGCCGAGCCCAAUCAGCCAAGACUAAUUCACGAGAAAUCGUCAAAUGGAAGUACAGCAGUGAUGUUAAGCUUAGUUCCUAGCUUCAAAUUGGCCGAACAAAAAACGGAACUGAUAUUUCUUGUGGACCGUUCCGGUUCCAUGGCAGGAUCCGGGAUUGAACAGGCUAAACAAGCGCUUAAGCUAUUCCUUCAUUCGUUGCCUACGGAUUGUUAUGUUAACAUUGCGGGUUUUGGAUUUUCGUACGAAGAACUUUUCCCAUCGAGCAGAAAAUACGACGAAGUUGUUUUGAACCAUGCAAAAGCCUAUGCUGAACAACUACAAGCGAAUUUGGGGGGCACAGAAAUAUUCAAUCCAUUAGAACAAAUAUUUCAGAAACCCCCAAUCGACGGCUAUCUAAGACAAGUUUUCGUUCUCACAGAUGGAGAGGUGUCGAAUGCAGACCAGGUUUUGGGUUUAGUCCGUCGCCAUAGCGGACGAACGCGAUUAUUCGCCUUGGGUUUGGGAAGUAGCGCUAGCCAUCAUCUCGUCGAAGGAAUGGCCCGUGCUGGUAAUGGAACCGCCCUAUUUGCCUCAUUGGAAGAACGUCUGGAAAAGAAGGUCAUGCAACAGCUCCAAGACGCUCUGCAACCGGCACUUACGGAUAUCAAGAUCAACUGGGAAGGCUAUGAUGAAACGGAGCAAUCAACUACACCUGCUCAACCCGUUCAAACCGAAAAGACUUUGAUGGGUUACGGUAAACCCUUGGUGGAUCCCGAGGCGUCCGUUCCGCCGACCGAGAAACCAGAAAUGAAAUUACGUCAAGCGCCUUGUGACAAGAUGAUUCCUCCUGUUUUUGAUGGAAAACAUUUCAUAGUGUAUGCUCUUCUAGCGGACGAUGCCCACCAGCCAAAAUGGGCUGAAGUAAUUGCAGCUUCGCCUGUAGGUCCCCUAUCGCUAAAAGUCCAUUUAAACGAACAAAAUUCCGAAGAAGGUCAACUUGUUCACUGUCUAGCGGCAAGAAAAUUGAUUCAGCUUCUUCAAGAUCGGGAGGAGAAUGAUAAUGCUAAAAAAGAAAUCAUUCAACUUGGCUGUCGAUAUGGUUUGACGUCAAGAUACACUUCCUAUGUCGCCGUGGAUCCGAAAGAACAAAAAGAUUUGAAAGAAUCUUGGAUGAUGAUGAAAUCCCGUGACAUUCCCGUUCAAGUAGCUCACGGCUGGGGUGGUGGCUCACGCAUGCGUCGUGGGGCUCCUGUGCCUAUGUGUAUGGAUGAUCCAGUUGAAAAUUCAUGCACGUCUUUUGGAGCGCCUCCACCAAUGGCCAUGCCAAUGAUGUCAAAUCGGGCUCCAAUGAUGAAAUCAAUGCAGAGAUCUGUACAACCACAGUCUCUGAAUGACCCAAUGUCUCUACCGUCAUUGAGCCUAAGCCGUGAUGUCCCCGCUUUUGAGAGUCUGAUUUUCGACGCAAGUACGGACGACAGAAACCAACCGAAAGAAAACACGGACGACGACAAGUUGAUGAAACUUGUCUCAAGUCAAAAUUUCGACGGAUCAUUCAAACUGGAAACUUCCAUCGCUCAGCUCUUGGAUACCACGACGGAUGACAUCACACAAGCUGGACAAAAGAGUUCGUACCCUGAUCAAGUAUGGGUAACUGCUAUCGCUUUAGCUUACAUGACCCUGGCUCUGGCUCAGCUGCAAACCUCCUGGAUGUUGGUGGCCAAGAAAGCCGAAAAAUGGCUUCAGUCCCAACAUUUGGCAGACCAAGACGCUUGCAAGAUGGCAGCCCAAGAAUACGUUAAAGCAAAAUUGCACUUGUAAAAUGUACCGAAAAAUCGUGUUCAAUCCACAUUCAAUUCAAAAUUCUAAUCACGUUCAAUAAAUUUGAUCAACAAUG